CAUCAAAGCAGGGGCCGAGAGACUGAAAAACAGCUUCUAUCUCAAGGCCAUCAGACUGUUAAACAGCCACCACUAACAUUUAGCGGCCGCUGCCAACAUACUGACUCAACUCCAGCCACUUUAAAAAUGGGAAUUGAUGGAAAUUAUGUAAAAAUGUACCACUAGCCACUUUAAACAAUGCCACCUAAUAUAAUGUUUACAUACCCUACAUUACCCAUCUCAUAUGUAUAUGUGUAACAGAUGUAUAGUGUACUCUCCAUGCGUUGUGUUUUAUAAUAAUAAAUAACUUCGGCCAGUGGUCCCAGUUGAGCAUCAUUUAUUUCUGCUGUUGUUAAAUGGGAAACAGCACGUUAGUUGUGCAGGGCUUAACAGUGUUGAUGGCUGUCGAUGACAAAAUCCCUUGCAUCACAUUUUCAUACUGGGCGAACAAAAUACAAAAAUACAAUACAAAAUAUAACAUGUAUAAAUACCUGUUGUUAAAUGGGAAACAGCACGUUAGUUGUGCAGGGCUUAACAGUGUUGAUGGCUGUCGAUGACAAAAUCUGUAGCAUGAAGACAACUGUGUUAGCCGUGGCUUAUGUGACCAUGACAUCGGUGUAUGCUAGCUAACACAAUUAUUUACAGCAAUCAUAUGCCAAAGCACAUCCCAGAAAGCCCCUCAAUCCCUAACAGGUACCAUAUACCCACACAUGUAUAAAAUCAGUAACGUACAGCAAACUUGUACACAUUGUAAAAUAGAAAAUAGAAAACAGUAUUCAGAACGUGACCUACCCCUUGCAUCACAUUUUCAUACUGGGAAGACCUGACGUUCGCGAUCUCCCCCGAUCUGCAAGUGGGGCCAAUCACAACACCCCUUAUUGUCAUCAGAAUUGAACUAACCAAUAAGAAUGCUUGAACAUCAAAUACACAUUUCUUUAGAGGCAAGUGGAAACAUAACCAACCCUGUUACAUAUGUAUAUACUGUACUCUAUAUCAUCUACUGCAUCUUGCCAUCUUUAUGUAAUACAUGUACCACUAGCCACUUUAAACUAUGCCACUUUAUGUUUACAUACCCUACAUUACUCAUCUCAUAUGUAUAUACCGUACUCUAUACCAUCUACUGCAUCUUGCCUAUGCCGUUCUGUACCAUCACUCAUUCAUAUAUCUUUAUGUACAUAUUCUUUAUCCCUUUACACUUGCGUGUAUAAGGUAGUAGUUGUGGAAUUGUUAGGUUAGAUUACUUGUUGUUAUUACUGCAUUGUCGGAACUAGAAGCUCAAGCAUUUCGCUACACUCGCAUUAACAUCUGCUAACCAUGUGUAUGUGACUUGAUUUGAUUUGAUUUGAGCAGCAGGAUUUGUGACUUGUUGCCACAAAAAAAGGGCAACCAGUGAAAAACAAACACCAUUGUAAAUACAACCCAUAUUUAUGCUUAUUUAUUUUAACUUGUGUGCUUUAACCAUUUGUACAUUGUUACAACACUGUAUAUAUAUAAUAUAACAUUUGUAAUGUCUUUAUUGUUUUGAAACUUCUGUAUGUUUACUGUUCAUUUUUAUUGUUUAUUUCACUUUUGUAUAAUAUCUACCUCACUUGCUUUGGCAAUGUUAACACAUGUUUCCCAUGCCAAUAAAGCCCCUUGAAUUGAAUUGAAUUGAAUUAGUAGGGUAUUUGUUGAUUUAUUUUUAUUUGUUGAUUUUCGUUAUACUCCAAUCUAGUAGGUGGCGGUAAUGCAACAUGUAUUGGAUGUCAACCGCCGUUAAACCUAAUCAAAGAGGAUUACCAGCUAGGGUACAGGGUUAGUUAUCAGUAUCUUCGGUUACGGUUUGCGAGCGAGUGAUAUGCCAUCUCUACUAAGUUGACACGUCAUGUUCUCCUAUUCAGUUGUUCGUGUAACGUUAGCUAAUUAGGCACACGUGUGUUUGUUUAUGAUGACACGUUGCGCUUGGUCAAUAUUUUAUUUAACAAGUCAGCUAUGAACAAAUUCUUACUUACAAUGACGUCCUAGGAACAACCGCCUUGUUCAGGGACGGAACGAUAUUUUUACCUUGUCAGCUCGGGGAUUCGAUCUAGCAACCUUUCGGUUACUGGCCCAACGCGCGGUUACUGGCCCAACCACUAGGCUACCUAUCGCCCCGGUGAGUUAGUAGAUAAGUCAGGAGAUUCGCUACUACCAUUUUUGUCGGAUAUGAAUUUGUUACUGCCAGUUGUUUGGACGUGUUCAGCAGGGCACAACGUUGUGGAACGUUCACACACCACCGUGGGCUCAUUGUGACGGAAACAAUGAUUUGUCGUACCAUUUCGUUGUGUUGUUGCGUCUCAGAUGGGAAUAAACCCUGUCAGUAGAAGUCGGGUGUUUCGCUUGUUCCUAGGAGCCUUGACAGUGGUGCAUGAAUAACGUUAGUGAUUAGCACUUUUGUGUGACGGUGGGUGAGGUGAGCAGUACCACUACUAGAUACAUAGGGCGUCGCACAAUUGGCCCAGCGUCGUCCGUGUUUGGCCGGUGUAGACCGUCAUUGUAAAUAAGAAUUAACUGACUUGCCUAAUUAAAUAGAGGUUAAAUAUAAAAAAUCUUAAAAUUUGCCACAUUAUCUAUCAUACUAAUUGUCAGUCCAAAAACUCAGGUUGAGAUGAUAGAUGAGAAGUCAUUGAUCUAAAUUGAUCAUCAGUCAGGCAGAUGGCAGCCAUGUUUGUCUAGUGAAAGUGUUGGGUACUUGGCAGCAGAGGAAUCUGUCUGGACUGUGAAUCUCCUCUUUUCAGAUUACACAAUUAGACCUGAACCACGCCAAAACUGAUCAUGAAGAGAAGUCGACAUCCAAGCAGCAGCGAAGACUCUGACAAUGGAAGUAACUCCACUUCUUGGUCGCAGCAUUCUCAACUCAGGAGAGCCAAUGGGAUGAAGCCCGCAGAGGUGUUUAGGACAGACUUCAUCACGGCCAUGAAGCUCCAUGACACGUACCAUCUGAACCCAGAGGAUUACUACGUCCUGGCCGAUCCCUGGAGACAUGAGUGGGAGAAGGGAGUCCAGGUCCCUGUCAGCCCACACAUCAUUCCCCAGACUGUAGCCCGGGUGGUGGCUGAGAAGGGGACAGAGGUGAUGUUCUUGAAGCCCAAGAAGUGGAUCCGUUCUGGGGGUUCGGAGGCGCUGGGGUACGUGGACAUCCAGACCCUGGCUGAGGGGACGUGUCAAUACGACCUCAACGACACUGACGUGGCCUGGCUGGAGCUCAUCAACCACCAGUUCACUCUGAUGGGCAUGGCUGUGCUGGAUGAGACCACCAUGGAGAGAGCGAUGGAGGAGUUUGAGCGGCGUUCCUGUGACAGAAUGAGACAUCCCAUGGCCACGGAGGAGGGGUUUGGCAUGGAGUACGACGAAGACGUUGUGUGUGACGUGUGUCGGUCACCUGACGGCGAGGACAACAACGAGAUGGUGUUCUGUGACAAGUGCAACAUCUGUGUUCACCAGGCGUGUUAUGGGAUUCUGAAGGUACCCAAGGGUAGCUGGCUGUGUCGGACCUGUGCUCUCGGCAUCUCGCCCAAAUGCCAAGUCUGCCGCAAGAAGGGCAGGGCCAUGAAGCCCACCCGCAGCGGAACCAAGUGGUUCCACGUCAGCUGUGCCCUGUGGAUCCCCGAGUGUUCGGCUAAAAGCUGCCAGACAGCGUUCCAUGUGAGCUGUGCCUUAGACAGCAGCCUGGAGAUGAACACCAUCAAAGAGCAGGUCAAGUCCUUCUGCCCCAAACACUCUGGUCUGGUGGGAGGAGAGGAGGGGACGAGGGGAGGGAGAGAUGAAGUUCCUAACCCCCCUGCCCCUCAUCCAGUCCCCAACCCAGUGGAGGACCUGAACCUCCGUCACAUCAGACUACAGCAGCUGGAGGAGUCACACCAGUUAGUUGACGUGAAGGAGGUGUCCCGGGCCCUGCAGCUGAACCAGGAGACAGUCCACUUCAUGUAUCGCUACUGGAAGCUGAAAUGCCAAGCCAAGCAGCCAUUGCUGACCCCCCAGAUGGAGGAGGAGAGUGUGGCGAGGACAGAGCAUGAUAUCGUUCUCCGCCACCAGGGGAUGGGUCGGGGUGCGCCUCCCAGGCCCGGGGUCGCUGGCUAUUGGCUGACUGUCUCCAGCUGCAGAGGGGGGGAGCCACCAGAGGGGGGUGACUAACUCCUAACCCAAUACCAGCAGAUAUCUCUCUAACCGUUGAAAUAAAUCUGGAGUGCAGCGUUAAAUUACCUGGCUGUUGCCUGUGUGCUCAUCUAAUGACUAGAGACAGAACUACUGUACUCCUCAGAACCAGACAGAGCUACUGUACUCCUCAGAACCAGGCAGAGCUACUGUACUCCUCAGAACCAGACAGAGCUACUGUACUCCUCAGAACCAGACAGAGCUACUGUACUCCUCAGAACCAGGCAGAGCUACUGUACUGUGACUCUAACCCACCAUACAGUCAAUUUGACCCUGACUCUAACCCACCAGUCUAACUGACCCUGACUCUAACCCACCAGUCUAAUUGACCCUGACUCUAACCCACCAGUCUAAUUGACCCUGACUCUAACCCACCAGUCUAAUUGACCCUGACUCUAACCCACCAGUCUAAUUGACCCUGACUCUAACCCACCAGUCUAAUUGACCCUGACUCUAACCCACCAGUCUAAUUGACCCUGACUCUAACCCACCAGUCUAAUUGACCCUGACUCUAACCCACCAGUCUAAUUGACCCGACUCUAACCCACCAGUCUAAUUGACCCUGACUCUAACCCACCAGUCUAACUGACCCUGACUCUAACCCACCAGUCUAACUGACCCUGACUCUAACCCACCAGUCUAACUGACCCUGACUCUAACCCACCAGUCUAAUUGACCCUGACUCUAACCCACCAGUCUAAUUGACCCUGACUGUAACCCACCAGUCUAACUGACCCUGACUCUAACCCACCAGUCUAAUUGACCCUGACUCUAACCCACCAGUCUAACUGACCCUGACUCUAACCCACCAGUCUAAUUGACCCUGAAUCUAACCCACCAGUCUAAUUGACCCUGACUCUAACCCACCAGUCAAAUUGACCCUGACUCUAACCCACCAGUCUAAUUGACCCUGAAUCUAACCCACCAGUCUAAUUGACCCUGACUCUAACCCACCAGUCAAAUUGACCCUGACUCUAACCCACCAGUCUAAUUGACCCUGACUCUAACCCACCAGUCUACUUGACCCUGACUCUAACCCACCAGUCUAAUUGACCCUGACUCUAACCCACCAGUCUAACUGACCCUGACUCUAACCCACCAGUCUAAUUGACCCUGACUCUAACCCACCAGUCUAAUUGACCCUGACUCUAACCCACCAGUCUAAUUGACCCUGACUCUAACCCACCAGUCUAAUUGACCCUGACUCUAACCCACCAGUCUAACUGACCCUGACUCUAACCCACCAGUCUAAUUGACCCUGACUCUAACCCACCAGUCUAAUUGACCCUGACUCUAACCCACCAGUCUAAUUGACCCUGACUCUAACCCACCAGUCUAACUGACCCUGACUCUAACCCACCAGUCUAACUGACCCUGACUCUAACCCACCAGUCUAACUGACCCUGACUCUAACCCACCAGUCUAACUGACCCUGACUCUAACCCACCAGUCUAACUGACCCUGACUCUAACCCACCAGUCUAACUGACCCUGACCCACCAGUCUAACUGACCCUGACUCUAACCCACCAGUCUAACUGACCCUGACUCUAACCCACCAGUCAAAUUGACCCUGGCUCUAACCCACCAGUCAAAUUGACCCUGGCUCUAACCCACCAGUCAAAUUGACCCUGACUCUAACCCACCAGUCAAAUUGACCCUGACUCUAACCCACCAGUCAAAUUGACCCUGACUCUAACCCACCAGUCAAAUUGACCCUGACUCUAACCCACCAGUCAAAUUGACCCUGACUCUAACCCACCAGUCAAAUUGACCCUGACUCUAACCCACCAGUCAAAUUGACCCUGACUCUAACCCACCAGUCUAACUGACCCUGACUCUAACCCACCAGUCAAAUUGACCCUGACUCUAACCCACCAGUCUAACUGACCCUGACUCUAACCCACCAGUCUAAUUGACCCUGACUCUAACCCACCAGUCUAAUUGACCCUGACUCUAACCCACCAGUCUAACUGACCCUGACUCUAACCCACCAGUCUAACUGACCCUGACUCUAACCCACCAGUCUAAUUGACCCUGACUCUAACCCACCAGUCAAAUUGACCCUGACUCUAACCCACCAGUCUAAUUGACCAUGACUCUAACCCACCAGUCUAACUGACCCUGACUCUAACCCACCAGUCUAACUGACCCUGACUCUAACCCACCAGUCUAACUGACCCUGACUCUAACCCACCAUACAGUCAAUUUAUAUCAAUUACAAGUAAUAUAGACAGCAUACAUGGUUAAUGUUCGCCAUUUACCUAUGUGUUAUCAGUUGAUGUUAUUCUUCAAUAACACAAACUCCAAAGCAAAUCACGGGGAGAAAAAUAGGUUGAUUUUGAGAAGGACAAAUCAUAGAUGAAAUGCUGUGAGGUAGAGGUGCAGUCUCCCCAGUUUUCCUCCACAUCAUAGAUGAAAUGCUGUGAGGUAGAGGUGCAGUCUCCCCAGUUUUCCUCCACAGAACAAAGGAACAGGAAGCCAUUUAUAACCCCCCACCCUAGCCUGGGGUUGACCAAUCAGAAGUCCUUGCAGUACAACUGGGCCAAUAGCCAGAUAACAAGUAUCCUGCUCCAGACUCAAUGUACAGACCGUAGUACACGUCGCUCUGAGUUCAGGAGUGACAUUCCACAGAUUCUAAUCAGCUGUUGAUCUGAAACACAACUCCUAUUUACAAUGAGUUUUGAGUCCUCAUCCUCUAUCUUCAAAGUGUUCUUAUAUAUAUGCUAGAUCACAUUUAUAAAUGUGUUUUUUGGCAACAAAUCAAUUAUAAUCAGGACAUGGGUGGAAUAAAUCAUGUUUCACUUGA